AUGGCCACAGCACAUUACGCGCAUGCACCUCAACAAACCCUUCAGUAUGGUUACAUGCCACCACCCUCGCCUCCAAUGGACGAUACGGCAGCAAAAUGCUCUCUCCCGUCCAUCUCGAAUCUCUUGGGGCUAGCAGACCAAGGAUCGCCGACCUCAGAGACCUCGCCCCAGUCUCAGCAGCAGCAAUGUAUGAUGAGCAGCUCGUGGUGGGACGUUGGACCAGACGCUGACGACUCAACCCCAGCACAAACAUGCAAGCCCGAAACACGGCCCAACUCUUCGCACUACGGCAACCCGGCAGUGCUCCGGGCAUCUCUGCCGCCCAGUCCCCCAAUGUCCUCGGAUGCAUCUUUUGAGGGAUUCAACUCGCCGUCGACCAGGUCGGUGGGACAAGUAUCGAAUUCGUCGAACUAUUAUUUUGAGACGACACCGCCGGUCCAGUUGGAUGCCGAUUCAAGACAGGUGACGGCUGCUGCUACGGUGCCACGAGUCUCAGUCCAAACCUCGUCUUAUCAGCCGCAAUUCGCCGGCCCCUCUACGUAUAUGAGCCAGCCGGCCAUGACGUCGUACUAUCCCCCAAUUCAGACGGCAUCGACCCCGCAGUCCCAAAUGUCUGGUCUUUAUUACCAGCGCCCUCUUCCUCAAACUUUUCCUCCGCCACUGCCCGUGUCCGUAACGCUCGCCCCGUCGGCGGGCAACCCCUGGCAGCACCACCACUACAUCGCCCCUUCGGCGUCGACUUCCUUCCCGCAGAGCCAGGACCGGUACAUCUGCCAGACUUGCAACAAGGCCUUCUCGCGGCCCAGCUCGCUGCGGAUCCACAGCCACUCCCACACGGGCGAGAAACCCUUCAAGUGCCCCUUUCCCGGUUGCGGCAAGGCCUUCAGUGUCCGCAGCAACAUGAAGCGGCACGAGCGUGGUUGCCACAACUACGACAGCAGCAGCAGCGCCGCCGUCAGCAACGCCAGCGGGAGCAGAUCCUGA